AUGCCGUAUUUGGAAUUGAUCUUGAUUUUGCUUCUUCUACAAAUCCCUAUUGGAUUCUGCCAGGCAUCAAGCUGUCAUGCACAGUGUGAUUACGAUCACGUGACUGCAAUGACUGACUGCUCUAACCGGAACCUCGGAUGCGUUCCUGACAACUACCCGGAUUCCCUCGUAAUGGAUCUACGUCACAACUCUAUCAAUACUUUAGAUCCGGACGAUCUCAACCCCGGAUUAACCAAACUGAUCUUGGACUGGAACAACAUCUCAGACAUCACGUCACUAAUGACGUCAGAGAAGAUGGAGAACCUGACACUAGUUUCAGUUCAACACAACUCCAUUUCGGUUCUGCUCGCGGAUUGUAACUUACGCUCCCUGCAGACCCUCCAACUUGACUCCAACUUGAUAACGAGCCUUGAGGUACCGAGGUGUAGCUCUCUGGAACGGCUCUCAGCGAACUCAAACUUAGUCUAUGGUACCAUUAAGCUGGAGCUAUGCAUGUACGUAUCACCCUCUGCGUCAAUAAGCUUGCAGUUCAAUUUAAUAACAAAUGUCAAAGUUUUAUUCAACGGUGGCCAAAAUUGUAAUAUCACUCUUGAACUAGACAACAACUUCAUUCGCACUUUUGAUUACGAUAAUGAUUUCGGGAAUACUAAGUUGUUCCACAAGCUUUCUUUGAGCCAUAAUCAAGUUCAAAGUAUUAGUAAUUCUAAUGGUAUGCUAAUCACCUCCAUAUUCAUUAUAGAGAGUAAUGAACUGCGUGAUUGGGACGUAUUGACAGAUGCUUUACGGUAUGGCUUCCCGUAUGUGGAAAGUCUAAGCAUACGUGGUAACUCACUCGACUCCCUAAUCCAGGCACCGUCGUGGACAGAAGAGCUCCAGGUCCUGAAUGCAGAUGGAAACAGUCUAAAGAACCUGUCCUCUGAAAGCAUUCGAGGUUUCUUGAGUCUAACGGAGCUCCAUGUGUCCAACAACCAGAUACUCUUCAUCUCAGAGUCUGCAUUAAGAGAUCUGAAUAUGCUUAGAUACUUGUACCUUGAUUGGAAUCCUUUGACGUCUUUAUUUGGAGGUGUCUUCCGAAACCAGGGCGACCUGUUGAUUCUGUCCCUCGCAAACUGCAAUAUAAACGAGCUUCACCCAGAGUACUUCCUUGGGCUGGACUCCCUGGAGCGCUUGGAUCUCUCCGGGAAUCAGCUGGUUCAACUCCACUCGGAGAUGUUCCGCCUUCUACCACAGAUCGUCACAAUGAAUUUCUCUAACAACAACAUUAAGAACUUUGAUUUGGAGGAUUGUCAACUUGUUGAUGGUUUGAGAAUCUUGCUCCUUGCUCGUAAUUCCAUCAGUGAUAUCAGUAGCAUCUUGGGCCACUGUGGUCACCUGGAGACUGUGGACUUAAGCUCGAAUCAGAUCGAGAUCGUACCGGGAGAUUCCAUCGUCGGAAGAAGCCCAACCCUAUCCCGGCUGGAGCUGUUCGGCAACCCGCUUCAGUGUGACUGCAGAAUGGCUAGCAUACGCGACUGGCUGCAAAACAAUCCACCGUCCUCUACCCCUCUUUGUCACGGACCACAAGGGUUAGAAGGACGCGCUCUCAUAGAUCUAGCAACACACGAUCUGGCGUGUGAGCCCCCUCUAGCUGUUUUAGACUUCAAAACGCUCCAAACGGUAGCUUGUGACACAGUAACUCUACCUUGUAAAUCCACAGGAAUACCAGCACCCAGUACUUCAUGGUUGGAUCCCAACGGUACACCGAUUGAUGUUAACCUGAAAGGGAGAUAUUUCAUCACUCAAGAAAUGACUUUACACAUUAUAAAAGUUGAGAAAUCAGACCAAGGGUUGUUUACUUGUAGAGUCAUGAAUGAGCUUGGGGAAACUGAUGAAGCUGUGAUCCGUCUUACAGUAGCUGAAGAACCUGGUUCUCCUGCUUCACCAUCGUCUUACAUCCUACCAACGAUGUUUCUUACGGUCAUGUUCACUCUCCUAGCCGUGGUGCUUGCUUACUUUCUCCGUAAACGUCUUGAGAAAAGAUCUCAAACAAUCACAACCUCUAAAGCUAAGAUUGACUACCGUAAGAGUAGGAUGGAUUCUGUGGACUCAUCGCGAUAUGUGAAUUCUGUGGUUGAUGAUGGGGAGGUCGAGCCAGGUGGGGAUGAAGGAGAUGGGUACGAGGACCAUGAAGGGGAUGGGUACGAGGACCAUGAAGGGGAUGGGUACGAGGACACUGCGUCCUUCAAUGAAGAAGACCCAUCUUCGGCUUACGAUAAUACGGUGUCCCUGAGUGAACAUGGGGAUUGUGAUGACUAUGAAGCAGUAGAGAUCGGUAGCGUCUCUUAA